GGGUAUGUUUGAUUAAAAAGUUUUCAUUCCAGCUUUUCACUGUGGGUGCUUUGCAUGCAGCUAAGUGGAUAUUACAAUUAUAAGUUCUCUCUCUAUUAGCCAGAGAAUUUAUUGUAUGAGACUCCAUUAGAAGACUCCAAAAUUGUCAUCAGUGACUUCGGUCUGUCUAAAAUGGAAGAGCAGGGUGCUCUUUCCACGGCCUGUGGGACACCUGCCUAUGUUGCUCCUGAACUUCUACAGCAGAAAACAUACGGUAAAGAGGUGGAUCUCUGGGCCAUUGGGGUGAUUGCAUUCAUUCUACUCUGUGGCUACCCUCCGUUCUAUGAUGACAACGAUACACAACUCUACAAGCUGAUCAUAAAGGCCGAAUAUGAAUUUGAUUCGCCAUACUGGGAUGACAUCUCUGACUCCGCGAAAGACUUUAUAGUUCACUUACUGCAGAAGGAUCCAGCGAAGAGGUUCAAUUGUGACCAGGCCUUGCAGCAUCCUUGGAUUUCAGGAGGUGCGGCUCUAGACAAGAACAUCCACGGCUCAGUGUCAGCACAGAUUCAGAAAAACUUUGCCAAGAGUCACUGGAAGAGAGCCUUUAAUGCCACCAUCAUCGUGCAUCAUUUAACAAAGAAAACCCACUCUGGGGAAGACGAUGAAGGGAAUCACUCCACAAGUAUAGGGACCAUCUGACAAUCUACUGGCAGUAAACCUGAGGCUCUGUUAAAGAAAUAGUUCACCA